AUGAAUUAUAUUCCACCUCCGCCAAAGGAUUCUGAUUCAAAUACCACACUCACCGAAGGCUCGUCACUUUAUAUUUUAAUACCAGUCUUGAUUAUUCCAAUACUUGGUAUUUUUCUUGUGAUUCUUGGAGUAACAUCAAAAGGAAGAUACUGGUGUGAUAGAAAAAAGAAGAAAAGAAUGAAAAAUAACCUAGUAGGAGAGGAAACAAGCAAUGGUCAUCACAAUUUAAGAUUCAAUUCGUUGCAUAUUUUGCAACCUGAUGCAGUGCAUUUGAAACAAGAUGAUAAUGAAACUUUGGUAUCCACACAAUCAAACUUGAAUCUUGAUAAUGGAUCAGAUUUGGAAUCUGCCGUGACGAAAGUCGACACAGAAAAGGUGUAUAGAAAUGUCCAAGUUUAA